AUGUUCCGUCAACACUUUGUCACGACCCUCGUCGAAGGGGAUCCCGAUAAGUCCGAGUGGGCCAAGGAGACUCGUGAUCGUUGGCGUCUCAUCCAAGCGUUCCCUUGGAUCGGAUUCGUACUCGCUGCGGCCGUUGCUGGGUUUUUGGCGUGGUAUGGGUGGCAGUCAGUGCCGACCAACACCUACUCCCUCGUCCUCGAAGACGAUUUCUCCAAUGGUCUUGAUACGAGUAUCUGGAAUCACGAGGUGCAGUUGUCCGGCUUUGGAAAUGGUGGGUUCGAUAUGACGACCACGAGUGAGAACAACUCGUUUGUGAAGGAUGGGAUGCUCCACAUCGUACCCACCCUCACCUCUGACAUCUACGGCGACGCUGCCAUCAGCAACGGAUACACACUCAACCUCACCGGAAACGGGUGUACCUCCGACAUCGACUCUGAUUGUGCCGUCAUCUCUAAUUCGUCCACCGGUGUCGUCCUUCCCCCGAUUCAAUCGGCGAGAUUGAACACGAAAGGGAAGUACUCGAUCAAGUAUGGCAAAGUCGAGGUUGUGGCUAAAAUCCCGUCUGGUAACUGGAUGUGGCCUGCGAUUUGGAUGAUGCCUUCCGAUGAUGUUUACGGUGCUUGGCCGAGGAGUGGUGAGAUUGACAUCAUGGAGGCUAAGGGCAACACGCCCGGGAAGGACGUCGCUGGUCGUGACUAUGUGACUUCCUCUUUGCAUUGGGGUCCUUCAUCCGACUAUGAUGCUUACCUCAAGACCACCGCCGUGGUCCAGCAACUGCAUGGUGAUUUCUCAGGGGGUUUCAACACCUACGGACUUGAAUGGACCCCGGACUACCUCUUCGUCUAUGUGAAUUCUCGCUUGCGUCAAGGUCUCUCCCUCCGCUUCAACAAAGAAUCCUUCUAUAACCGUGGUGAGUUCCCCAAAUACGACUGGAAGAACUCUACCCUCCUCGACGACCCAUGGUCAGACUCGACGUCCAACGCCGCUCCCUUCGACCAAGACUUCUAUCUCAUCCUCAACGUCGCCGUCGGGGGUACAAAUGGUUACUUCUCGGACAACAUGAAGAACAAACCCUGGGGUGACUCAACAACCACCGCCCGCCGUGACUUCUGGGCCGCGAAAGACGAGUGGUAUCCGACCUGGCCCGCAGUCGAGGAUCGCGGGAUGGUCGUUAAGAGCGUGAAGAUGUACCAGCUCACGGAAUCGCAAAAGGUGUACCUCUAUUAA